AUGCCUGUCUUGGUACCCCCGGCUGAGCGCAGCCACGACACGCGUGUGGGAGCCCCAUCAUGGCGCGAGGCGGCUCUGGCCACCACGCAGAAGGUGCACCAGCUGACCGACCGUUGCGGUCAGGAGGCGGUGACCAUGUGGCAGCCCAAGGAAAGCGUGCGGGAUCCGCAUGUAGCACGCCACCUCUGCCGCGCCGCCUACGUCCAGCCGUGGCGCUUCCCCGUGGAGAUGGUCAAAGGCGGCGGUACUGUGGAGAAACCACCGCCCGGCGAGGGCGUCACCCUGUGGAAAAGCAAAAUGAAGCCCCCCGCGUGGCACGCCCUCCUGCCGCUGCCCCAGCACCGCGACGCGCGCGCCCUGCAGACAGCCGAGGUGGCGCACGCGCAUGCACGCGGAGCGCGCCUCACCGCCGCGCGCCUGAGCCGCGCGCAGCAGCAGGUCAAUGGACAGGUCCGGCAGCUGCUGCGCCAGCGCGAGGCCACCGACCGCCGGCUCAGCGAAGUGCGCAAGGGCCUGCUUAUUAACAAGCAGAGCGUCAAGCUGCGUGGCUACCGGCCCAAGUCUGAGAAGGUCCCUGACAAGGCUGACAGCAUGCUGACAUGGGAGGAAGAGGAGCUGAAGGCCUUGAAGAGGAAGAUGGAGAAAGAUAUGGAGAAGUCGGAGACCUUGCUUAAGGCCCUGGCCUCCUGCCGGGACACUUUAGUCUACUGCUUUAAGGAGCGGCUCCAAGCUGUGGACUUGAUGAACCAGCCGCUGGACAAAGUUCUGGAGCAGGCAGGCCGCCAAAGGGUGGGCCUCUCUGGUGACCCCAGCUCACGCACUCAGGGCCAGAAAACGCCGCCUCCAGACCCCGUGGGCACCUACACUCCAGAGUGUGCGGCGGCGCUGGACGAAGCCAAGCGGUUGUUGACGGAGUCCAAGGACACUUUGAUGGACAUGGCAAAGAACGAGGCGCACGUCCAGGAGCAACAGCAGCAGAUCAGCAACCGUGUGAGCGCCACGCUGUCGCAAAAGACACUCGAGACCGCGGAGCUGAAGGAAAGAAUGCACAUGACGUUGGGGCUAAUGAGAGGCACUAUCAACCGGUGCACAAAAUUCAACCAAGAAAUGUACACUACCCGAGGCCUCAUCAAGGGUCCCUUGUCCACAAGUCACCUGGAGACUCGAGAGAAGCUGGACAGACCACUGGUUCGCGUGUACCAACGACACGUGGGCACCCAACUCCCUGAGGCCACGCUCCUCGCCAAGGGCACUGACAAGCUGCAGCGCCACAUCGCGCAUUUGGAGAAGAACCUGCACGAGCUGCUGGCCACGCGCAAGCACCUCACCUGGAGCCUCAACUGCAAGAAGAUGGGGCAAGAAGUGGACCAAAACGCGGUGCGCCUGCGCCUGCGCCAGCGGCACCCGCACGUGUGCUACGAGCAGGCGCAGCGCUUGGUCAACGAUUGGGACCCGCGCACGCCACCGCGCCGCGAGUCUGAUACCGCCCCCCAGUGA